UGCAGUUGUUGUUGAGGAGGAAAGUGAACGAUAAUUUGCUGCCAGCAAGCUACGAAAGUGUCCCGCAAACGCGAUCCACGGAAUGCUACGGAUUCCCAGCGCCAAAAGCGGCCAAAGUCCCGCACCGUACGCCAUCGCCGUGUUGUGUGGACAGUGAUUGUGGUGGUUUCUGCGUGUGUUUGAGUGCGAAAAGCUUCGCGAGUAAAGGGGCUCGCCCGGAACAAUAGACUGUGUUUCUGUGUGUGGCAUAGUUUACAUUUUGGCACGCAAAAUAUACUCAUCCUUGAUAGCGGUAGAGCAGCUGCGUGUUUUGUUGCUUAGAAUACAUCAUCGAUAUUAGACCGCAAUAGCUGAAUCUCUUCAUCGGGGGACGGCAUCAUCACGGACACUUCACAUCACAACAACAAGUUGCCGAGAAAGAUGCUUGUUUAGAUAGAAGAAGGGAGAGCGAGAGAAAGAAACGCGUCGUGUGUGUGAACGAGAAAGUGAAACAGAAGCAAAAAAACGGUUAAGCGAGAGUGUGUGGGCAAGCGAGACGCACGGAAGACAACCGGAGAAGGGAAAACAAACAAAACACAAGGGAAAGUGUUUUUCUUUCGUGGGCAACAGGGGGGUUUUUCUCGCCGGAUUGCCCAAAUCAACUCCAGCUGAGCAGAAAAGGUCAUAAAAAAGGAGCGGAUUUUGUUUUUUUAUUUCUUCGAACAUUCCGAUCAAACACACGCACACCCCGUACGGUUCGUACUACGAUGUCGUCACUCUCAGCAAGCGCUGAAAAUUUAUCCAGCGAUCAGAACAACGAUGGCUCGUCGAUGUGCCUGGAGCUGGCCCUGGAGGGCGAGCGGCUGUGCAAAUCGGGCGACUGCCGGGCGGGCGUGGCAUUCUUCCAGGCCGCCAUCCAGGCCGGUACGGACGAUCUGCGUACGCUCAGCGCAAUCUACAGCCAGCUCGGCAACGCGUACUUCUACCUGGGCGACUACACGAAGGCGAUGCAGUACCACAAGCACGACCUGACGCUCGCCCGCUCCAUGAACGAUCGGCUCGGGGAGGCCAAAUCGUCCGGCAAUCUGGGCAACACGCUCAAGGUGAUGGGCCGGUUCGACGAGGCGGCGAUCUUCUGCCAGCGCCAUCUGGCCAUUGCGCGCGUGCUGGAGGACCGGCUGUCGGAGGGCCGGGCCCUGUACAACCUGGGCAACGUGUAUCACGCGAAGGGCAAGCAGCUCGGGCAGAAGGAUCCGGGCGAUUUCUCGGCCGAGGUGCAGGACUCGCUGCUGAAGGCGGUCGACUUUUAUCAGCAAAACUUGCGGCUGAUGCGCGAGCUGGGCGAUCGCGGUGCGCAGGGCCGGGCGUGCGGCAAUCUCGGCAACACGUACUAUCUGCUCGGACAGUUCGAGACGGCGAUCGAGCACCACCAGGAGCGGUUGCGAAUAGCGCGCGAGUUUGGCGAUAAGGCGGCGGAGCGGCGAGCGAACAGCAACCUGGGCAAUUCUCACAUCUUUCUCGGUCACUUCGAGCAGGCGGCUAAUCAUUAUAAGCGUACAUUAUCAUUAGCGAUCGAACUGGGCGAACGGGCAGUUGAGGCGCAGGCGUGCUACAGUCUCGGCAACACGUACACGCUGUUGCGCGAUUUCCCCACCGCGAUCGACUACCAUCAGCGGCAUCUGGCCAUCGCGCAGGAGCUCGGCGAUCGCAUCGGGGAGGCGCGUGCCUGCUGGAGCCUGGGCAAUGCGCACACCUCGAUCGGCAAUCACGAAAAGGCGCUGCACUACGCCAACUCGCACUACCUGCUGGCGAAGGAGCUGGGCGACAUGGUGGGCGAAAGUACGGCCCGCAUGAACAUGGCCGAUUUGCGCAAAAUUUUGGGCCUGCCCGAGCUGGAAGCCAACGUGGAAGCUGCGCAGCCGGGAGAACUGGGCGGUGCACACACUGCCCCACACGCGGCAACCGCGAAGGCACCGACUGACGGGGUCGGGGACAGUGAAUCAGGAUCGCUGCACCAUCACACUCACCACGGACAGCAGGUGCACGUGGCGGCCGCAGCCAAGGUGGCUUCCCUUGCCGCCAGCAAACAGCAUCGCUUGCGCCGCCAGAGCAUGGAACAGCUAGACUUAAUUAAGCUAACGCCGGAUGGCAAAAAGCUGGCCCAGCAUAACGUCCAGGAGAAUCAAACGAGCAAUGCGCAGGUACCGCCGUCCCAGCCGUCGAAGGUGAAAAAGAGCGAAAACAGCUUCAAGAGCAACGACGAAGAUUUCUUCGAUUUACUGACCCGAUCGCAGAGCAAGCGUAUGGACGAUCAGCGCUGCACGCUGAAGCUAACGCAUGCUGAAAGUGUUGAUUCUGCGAGAAAACCACUGACACAGCAUAACAGCAACAACCCACCGGCGGGCAAGGAGAAUAGGAACGUGCUGCUGGAAAUGAUUGCACACUUCCAGUCGGAGCGAAUGGAUGAACAACGAGCACUGCUGCCUGGGCUGAAGCGAAUAUCGCUCGGCAAUGCCAACAAUAUGAGCCGUCCGACGAACAAUAAUGAAUCGGGACCGGGGUCCACCACGCCGGAAGAUCCGGUCGAGCUCGGUACACCACCGGACGAUGCGUUCCUCGACAUGCUGAUGAGAUGUCAGGGUUCACGCAUUGAGGAGCAACGGUCGGAGCUGCCAACGCCAAAUAUAACGCUCGAUGCGGAGGCGACCGAGGGCCAGGUCGUCGCACCGGCCAGCGUCGCGUCGAACAGUGGCGCAACCGUGCCGGAUGAGGAUUUCUUUUCGCUUAUCAUGCGCCUCCAGGGAGGCCGCAUGGAAGAUCAACGUGCCACCGUUCCGCUGAACAAUAAUCUGAACCGCAGUGCUAGCAAUCCGCAGCAGCAGCAGCAGCAACAUAAUCAUUCCAACAGUAGCAAUGGUAAUGGGAACAACAGCCAAAAUAAUACCAGCACAGCUAUUAAUAAUAACAAUAACGGUGGAAAUGCGGCGAACAAUUCUACUGCCAGCAAUAGUAAUGUCACCAACGGGAACGCUCAGAACGGUAGCAGCAACAACAGCAGCACCGGCGGCAGCGGUGGUGCUAACAGCGUUGGGAAAAGCUUAAAAUGAUUUUACUCGUUCGAUCGCUAGUGCUGCCACGCUGCGGUGCCAGUGCGAUCGUGAGGGCUAACAGGGGCGGAUUCUCUCCGUACGAGGAUGAAAGGGGGAGCAUUUUAUUUUGAUGAUUUAAUUGGUACACAAACAAUCAGUCCUAAUGCUUUAUAAUAUCCAAUUUCCUUUUGGUGUGGGUAUAGGAGAGUCGUGCAUGACGUCACACGAUUUCAUAUCAUUCAACAUCAUCAAACGUGCUAGCACAUUUUAUCUUGUCUGGUGGACUAUUAUUGACUAAAUUUUAAUGAACGCCGUCUAUAUUUGUACAGUACUUGGGGCAAUGUAUUAGUUACAUGUUUUGUAUCAUCCAACAUUAAAAAGAAAAGUUCAGUUCUAAGAUCAGCAAGAAUGUACCUUUCCCUACAAAUCACAUUCGUCACCCCGUCCAUUUUGUAUGCCUGCAGUUAAUCUCGUUUUAUGAAAUGACAAAUUGGUCUAAUCGGUUGAAAAUGCCAUGAUUCUCAAGACAAGCGUUGGUUUUUGAACGAUUUUCAAAAAAAUAAUUUUUGUGACCAAAAUACUAAUUGGAAGAUCCUGAUCCUGAUUGAUCAUACAAAAAAGGGCAGAACGCUGUGAGAAAGCUGUGAAAAGUUUCUAGAAUGCGUUAACUUAAUGCGCAGUACGCAAUCAAAACGUGUUUGACCUUGGAGGAUGUUGAUUAUAAAUUUUGGGCUAAAUUUAAUUUUGCUCUUGCAUUGCCCACAGUAAAACACAGUAAUGGAGCUACUAUUUGCUAGCUUUCCAAUAGGCUUGAUUUACUAUUGGGUUCUAAGUGCGGCACGACCAGCGGGACGUCGGAUGAAUGUCUCUCAUUGCUACUUACUUUCUUCCUUCCUGUGUAAUGUUUAAGUAAAAAAAGGUAGAGCAAACCACGUAUGCCAUUGGUAGAGAAUAAGAGUAAACAGAGGUGUAAAAUGUGUUUAGUUAAGCAGGAGAUCCAUUUUUGCGUCACAAUAAUUUUGAAUAUCUUAAACAAACAAAAAAUAGUUUCUUAAUGAACUAGCUUCACGGAAGCGAAAAGCAAAAGAAAAGAAAAGAAAAUAUUUAAGAGCAUUUAAAUGUUCUAGUAUAAAGCUCUCAUCGCCUCCCUCCCGUUAGAUGCGGCUUACACAACAAUACACAUCGUGGCACAAUGAUAACAAAUCUUCCAAAUCCCUAUUUUCCUAUUGGAAUAUAUAACUCGAAACCACGGGGCCAGCCCCCCCCCCAUUCACGCCUGGAAGUGACACUGCACAUGCACAGUCCUUCGCCAUGUGCUACCUCCGCUUCCAUUUGAUGGGUAGAACUAAAUGAUAUAUUAUCAUUCCGCUAAUUCCAUUCGAAAGUUAAGAGGGACCGCGGGAAGGACAGCUAAGAAGGAUCGGUUUUGAUGAACCUUUGCCAAAAUACGGUAGCAAACAACAACGUGUACAACCUUCCAAAACAAGAUGAAAGAUUAGAAAAGAGUGUGCAUGCGUAAACUCACAUACGGUAGGAAUGGAGCAAAAAAGGUGGGAAAGAAAAAACAGAGCAUUAUCAGGUAUUAACACAUCUCUUAAAUAGUAAUAACUAGUAACAUUGAAGAAAUCUAACGUCCCGCCUAAUAUGCUCCGAACAGCGCUGCGUAUCUAAUGAUAUAUACGAACUUUAUACACAUUACAUAGACGCGUUUAUAUACACACAUACAUAUACAUACAGAGAGACACACACACACGUACGCACACACCGAUCCAAUUGCAUGUGGGGCUUUGGAGUACGAGCUAGUAUAGGGCUAGAGAAGAGCGGUGCGCCAAAACAUUUCGCUGCAUUUUUUAACGAUCUGUACAAUCGGCCCUUUUGAACGCCAUACUUUGUAACUUGAUUCCACCAUACACACUAACUGUUGUUAUGUAGAAAGGUUUAAACGGUGCUUCUCGCGGUGGUCCAAAGGCCGAGGGAGGGCGCAGUUCAUAUCAUGUUUGUGUAAUGUGUUUUGUUAUUGUUCAGUUUGGGAAAGUGUUUCUCAAUCAAUCGGAUGUUGUAUUUCUAUUUCUCUAGCGGUACGGUUGCGUUUCACCGAUCUGAGUUCAUAUACUACUUGAUAUUUAAUCGUUUUUGACCGCUGGAAAGUGUUAAAAUGAGAUAAAUUAUAUAAAAAGUGAGUUUAAAAAAUAGUUAUAAUGGCGACUUCUGGCAGGAUGAAAGUGAAACAGAAUAUUAUUCUAGCGAACAAAUUAAUGCUGAAAUCUGAUAUGAAAAGGAAUAAAUGAAGGCAGCAGAAGCAACAAACAACCCUCCUUUACUCGAAUAAGAAAGUAAAAUUUAACAUAACUAAACGAUAACUAAACCAAUCAGCCAGAUAGAGAGAAAGAGAGAGCAUUCCUCCCCUAUUUCUAUUAUGAACGACAUUAUUACGAGCUGCUAAUGAAAUAAUGAUAAUAAAUAAAGUAUCUACAAUUUUCCAAAUCCAUCAAA